GCCAACACCACAACGACGACGACGACGACAUGGCCUCCCUUAUCCGCGCCCACGCCACGAGCGCUGCUCGACGAGCAGUCGCAGCCCCGACCUUGGCUCGCAACCUCGCCCAGCGCAGCGUGCUCACCGCCGCCAAGUCUCGCGCGAUUGCUCCCCGUCCCUUCUCCACCACGCCCACCCGUCUAGGCUCAGGCACAACAGACGCCGAGCUUUCCUCUCGCCUCGCUCAAGAGCUUUCCUACGAGCAAGAGAACUCAGCCUCACAAGGUGCCGAAGAGCCCGACUGGUUGCGUGACUUCAAGUCCACCAACACAUGGACCAUCCAAGAUGUGCGCGGUUCAGAUGAGAUCUGCCUCGAGCGGGAAUUUGGCAACGAGAAGAUUCGUGUCUUGUUCAGUAUUGGGGAUAUUGAUGCGCAGGUAGAAGAGGAUGGUAUGGAUGACGCAGAAGAGGGUGGCUCUUCUGGUAGAGAGGACAAUGGGGAAUCAGAUGGCGAAGGGGAGGGAAAUGAGCCCGCCCUCCCUGUUCGAUGCGCGAUCACUAUCACCAAGCCCAGCCCGCUCGGAGCGCUGACAAUUGACGCUCAAGCCGAGUCUGGCACCUUCACCAUCGAGAACAUCUCCUUCUAUCAGGACUCCAAGUUGGCUACGGAGCUGACCGCCGAGGCGGACUGGAAGCGCAGGGGGCUCUACAUUGGCCCGCAAUUCCCUACUCUCGAUGACGCACUGCAGGAGCAUUUCCAGGGCUACCUCGAGGAGAGGGGCAUCGAUGAUGAUCUGGCCUUGUUCGUCCCGCUCUUCGCCGAGUGGAAGGAGCAGAAGGAGUACUGCACUUGGUUGGACAGCGUCAAGAAGUGGGUCGAUGCGUGAAACGAGCGACUGUGAUCGAACGAGGGGCCGAGCAGCUGGACGCUAUAGUCCCUCUCAAUCUCUGCCCGAACUGUCACGACUCGUCUCUACUGUUCAAAAUGAUACACACACCACUUCUCAGGCUCUGCGCUCGAGGAU